AUGACCACAUCCUUCUCCUCGCUUCCCAUCGUCGACGUCGGUGCGUUGAAGGCAUCAGAAGUUGCCGCCGCGGACGUCAAUGCGUUGAGCAAGCAGCUAUACGAUGUCUUUGCGACUACUGGCUUCGCCUACCUCGUCAAUGCACCACUGAGUUUCGACCAUGAGGAGAUCUUCGCCCUUGCGCGGGAGUUCUUCACUCUGCCUCACGAGGAGAAAAUGAAGCUUGCGAAGAAAUCGUUCCACCGGAAUAAUCAAAACACUUACAGAGGAUACUUCCCUACACAGCCGCAUCUGGCGUCGGACAACCUGAAGGAGGGAUUCGAGAUCGGAUCGCCGGUGAAGAACCCUACGCACCCUGCCCCCGAAGCGCAGAAAAUUCGUCUCUCUGAGCCAAACGUAUGGCUGGAUAAAGGCGCAUUCGGACGGCAGGAGCGGCUCGAGCAGCUGCACGACGAGCUACAAACGUUCGCCUCGAAGCUGCUAUCGCUACUAGCCGUGUCGCUCGGGAAAGAUGCCAACUACUUUACCCCCUGGCUACUCGAUUCUCUGAGCACGUUGCGUCUCUUGCACUACCCUCCGGUCCCCCAAAACCAGGCACAGCCGCAUGACGUCGACGCUGUCAAACUGAGCUGUACCCCUCACACAGACAGUGGCAUCCUAACGCUCCUCCACCAGGACGCUACGGGCGGGCUGGAGGUCCUCAACGCGUCCAAGCAAUGGGUGCCAGCGCCUUACGUUCCCGGCUCUGUGGUGGUCAAUAUUGGCGACCUCAUGGCCAAAGUAUCCGGGGAACGGUUUACAGCCACGAUGCAUAGGGUGAGGGCCCCGCCACCGAAACCAGAUGCAUUAGAUGCCAGGUUCGGCCGCUUCAGUGUGCCGUUCUUUUUCGAGCCUGGCGAGGCGUGCGUGGUCGUACCCGUAGAUGGGGAUGGAGAGAGCGUGGUGUAUGGAGAGCAUGUGAGGCAAAAGAUGGCGACGUGGGUCGAAUUUCAGGAGGAUAGCGGAUACGAGACGGGAACGACAGAGGAGCUGUAG